AUGUCCAAACACCAGGAAAUUGAAGCCCCGCCUGAACAUGACAAGGCAUUGGUGACAUCAUCUCGCUAUGGCUCGCUACCAUCAACCAUGAAUGUACAUGGCCAGUGGACAAAAUGGAAGUCUAUGAAUCUCUGUGGCGCGAGUGCCAAGGACCGUCUAUGUCUGAUUGAAAUGCAAGCUGGCUAUAGCGGCAAAGCUCCACUAGGGAUGAGAACAGGAUUCCUUCUGCGAAAUGGAAUGAGCACCAAGGAUCCACUACUUGUCGCCGCUGGCGAUGAGUCGGAGGGUCUCCAUGCGUUCAAUCCCGACGGUAUCGUUUUCUUGCCGUCACCUGAUCCAAACCCGAAGUCUGACCGUAUGGAGAAGGAGGUCCUGCGCGCUGAACCUGGUACAAACAACGAUAUCGCUUUCCACUUCUCCAUCGAAGUAGACGAGAAGGAGCAGCGGGAGGAGUUUGCGUGGAGAAAGGUGAAGAAGGGUGUCGACCAAGCCAAGAGAAAUGGGUUUAAGUUGGUUUGGCUCUCGUCUAGCAAACAAACAACCCAGCUGAGUGGCAGCGGCAGUUUCCAACAAUCCGCCUCAUCCUCGCCUCCAUUGCCAGGAGACAGUGAGACUGUCGCCUUUCUUGGAUGGGUUAUGGCCCUCCCUAGUAUGACACAUGCCUUCUCGCUUGAUCUGGUGGACGGUCAGUCGUGCGCCUUGGGAGAGCGCUGGACUCUUAUGGUUAUUGUUACUGCAAUUAGACUCUAUACACUACAUGUAAAGGGAAGAACAAGCAAGUUUGUCGUCGAGAUUGGGAAGAAGACUUCGCGGAAAUAA